AUGGACAGCUCCUCGAGCGCCCGGGCGCCGAACGGUUCUGAGAGCUUGGAGAAAGCGCAAGGAGAAGAAGAUCAGUUCUCCACGACCUGGACCAUCGCCUUGGCGGUGCUGAUGGCUUUGCUGAUCGUGGCCAUCGUGGUGGGCAACGCACUAGUGAUGCUGGCCUUCGUGGUGGAUUCCAGCUUGAGGACGCAGAACAAUUAUUUCCUCCUGAACCUGGCCAUCUCCGAUUUCCUAGUAGGUGCCUUUUGUAUUCCACUGUACAUACCCUAUGUCCUCACGGGAAGAUGGGCCUUUGGAAAGAGCUUUUGCAAACUCUGGCUGGUGAUGGAUUAUCUGUUGUGUACCACGUCCGUCUUCAAUAUCGUUCUGAUCAGUUAUGACCGAUUCCUCUCGGUGACCAGAGCGGUCUCAUACCGAGCUCAGCAAGGGGACACCAAGCGAGCCGUAUUCAAGAUGGCGAUGGUCUGGGUUUUAGCAUUCUUGCUCUACGGACCUGCAAUAAUCAGCUGGGAAUAUAUAUCCGGCCGGAGCAUCAUUCCUGACGGGGAAUGCUAUGCGGAAUUUUUUUACAACUGGUACUUUCUCAUCAUGGCCUCCACCAUUGAGUUCUUCACCCCUUUCAUCAGCGUGAUGUUUUUCAACUUGAGCAUCUACCUGAACAUACAGAAACGGACCAAAAUCCGCCUGGAGGUCCUUCACGACAGCCAGAAUUUCGCAGAGGAGACCGAAAUGAACUCGGGACCCAAGCUUUCCGUGAAAUGCUGUAAGUGGGAAAAAAAAGAUCCGGGAAGCCUGAACCCUCCAAAAUGGGACAUCCCAGAAGAAGAUGCACGAGGAAGUGUCAAUCAAAAGCAUUUGCGGGACUCUGACGGGGGACCAAAACCUUCUAGCAAAAGGAAUUAUAAAGACUGGGCAGCCAACCUUUCUUUAGAGGAAGGAUUGAAGGUAGCUUCCCAGAAUGUAACCCAGAGAUCCAGGCUGGCUAGGGACAAGAAAGUAGCGAAAUCACUAGCGGUCAUUGUGGGUAUUUUUGGCCUUUGUUGGGCACCAUACACCCUUCUCAUGAUCAUCCGAGCCACUUGCCAUGGUCAUUGUAUCCCUGUGUAUUGGUACGAGGCUUCUUUCUGGCUCUUGUGGGUCAACUCGGCCAUCAACCCUGUCCUUUAUCCACUGUGUCACUACAGCUUCAGGAGAGCUUUUGUGAAGCUCUUGUGCCCAAAGAAACUGAAGAUCCAGCCCCAUAAUUCUCUCCAGAAAUGCUAG